UUAAUCCAUAAAUAAACUCCACGUAUAUGAAUUAAUUUUAAUUAACAUAAACAUAAAUGUUAUAUUUCGGUAGAGAAGUUUAAUUUUAGUUAUCGCUGACACCCUUACAGCCCCCUCAACAACUAUUUCUGACUACACCAAUGGACCCCAAUUGGACCGGACAUAAACAAACGCCUUUUAUUCUUGCCUUUAAAUUAAAAUGGAAACAUGUGGCCUUAUUUGCGUAAGCGGGGACUACGAGAAGUUCCUGAUGCGCUGCUCCCAGUGUCCCACGGACGUGGAGUUGGCCCAGUGGCAGGAGUUUGUGUUGCACAUCCGGAAUGUGCACAGCAAAGUCUGGAUCAUUAAAGACGAGAUGAUCAUUAAAGACGAGAUGACAAAAAUUGUGGAUGAAGGGUCUGAAAUAUUAGAAGACGUAGUUGAAUUGGAAUCUAGGGAGACGGAGGUACAGGCAAAGGAAGCAGAAUCACCCGAGGAAGCCAAUAUUGAAUUCAAAAUAGAGCCAAUCGACUCGUCGAUUUACGCGACAGAGGAGUUUAUCUCUACGGAUCCUUCUGAUCACGAGGAAUAUGACCAGGAGGAAGAACCUAAUGUGCCAACUGUGGAGGAAGCAAAUGAAAAAUCUGCGCCCACAUACAAGUUCCAUCCUUCCUUUUUUCGUCGGGAUCCUCGAACGGUGAAGUUUAUUGAGAUCUACAAAGCCUACCCGUGCCUCUGGAGUCCUGCCCACAUCCAGUACAAGGAGCCCAGGGCAUGGAAGGAAGCCCUCAAGCAGAUGAUUGCUGACUUGGAGACAAAAGUGUCCGUGUUCCUGAAUGAGACCACCUUAAAGGUGGCAAUCAAGAAGAUACAAAUGCAGUUCGACACCGUUCACAAGCGAGUGCUCUCUGGAAAACAAAAGUCGCAGUCAUUGGCAUUUGGUAUCUAUACCCUGUGCAGCUUCCUGAAGGCCAGCAGGGAUGAGGAAGAGGCUAACAAAAACGAAAAGAUCAAGUUGGAUUUUUCCAAAAAAAACAAGCUGACCACCGACCUGAUAGAGAUGUAUGCCAAUUUUCCGCAGCUGUAUGACUCCACGCACAAGGAGUUCUCCAACAUGAGCUCGCGGAAACAAGCCUAUGAGAGUCUGGCUGCAGAAAUCUCUGUGCCAAAUGUGGACAUCAACAGCGAUGACAUCUUCCGCGCCAUCCAUAAUCUUCGCCAAUGGUACUACAAGAGUACUAAGCAUGCCAUUAAUGCUGGAAGUGGGGCGGAGAAGUUCUAUAUAGAGGUAUGCCGGUUUAUGCCCCCAAAGAUGUUCAAGCAGCGCCUGGUCUGUGAGAUCUGCAACCAGAUCACCUCCUCGGAUCACGUCCUGCAGUCGCAUAUCUUUAAAGCACACAACAUCGGCGAGCUGCCGUUCAAGUGUACGCUGUGUGAACGGAGUUUUGUGGGACGUGGAGAGCUGGCGAAUCACAUUCAGCGGGUCCACAUCGGUAAGACACAUAAGUGCACCCACUGCGAGCGGACAUUUGCUGUGAUUUCGGAUCUUCAGCUGCACAUCCGUACUCAUACGGGUCAUAAGCCGUACGUCUGCGAGCAUUGCGGCAAGGCCUUUCGACUCAGGUCCCAAAUGAAGCUCCACGUUACGGCCAUACACACCAAGAUCAGGGCCUUCAAGUGCAGCAUGUGUCCAAAAGAUUUUGUGAAAAAGGUCGACCUUUCGGACCAUAUUAAAGGCCAUCUAAAUAUCCGCGACAAAAUCUGCACUGUGUGCGGCAAAGGAUUCACCAGCUGCCAUGCUCUGAUCCGCCAUCGGCAGAUCCACGCCGAGGUGAAGAAGUUCGUGUGCAAACUGUGCGACUCCAGGUUCUCCCAAUUCGUUGGCCUCAAUACGCAUAUGAAGCGAACCCAUAACAUUGUCCGGCACAAUUUACAAAAGACAAAAGAGUCGGUGGACGCCGAGCACUAAAAACGGUAGAAUAAAAGUUUUAAACAUUUUUU